UGGCUGCGCCCAGGUAGAGUGCUGUGCGGGAGCCCGCCGCAGCUUUCGGGGACAAACUGACCCUUCUGACUCUCCAGUUUCCGAAUGCCAUUGAUGGUCUCGGUCACUUGGGCUCUGUCCUGUUAGGAAGUGAUCUGUGUUUCCUCUUUCCCUCAUGUAUCAGUAGUCACCAAGUCCUACGGAAGUACUGUCAUGGACAGCGACCAUCAAAGUAGUUACAAACUCAAUAAAACUGAGAAGAAGUUCUUGAGGAAACAGAUUAAAGCCAGGCAUACUUUGCUGAGACAUGAAGGCAUUGAGACAGUAUCCUAUGCCACUCAGAGCCUGGUUGUUGCCAAUGGUGGAUUGGGUAACAAUGUGAGUAGGAACCAGCUGGUCCCAGUGUUAGAGAAGUGUGGCCUGGUGGAUGCUCUCCUAAUGCCACCUAGUAAGCCCUACUCAUUUGUGAGAUACAAAACUGCAGAAGAAGCUAAGGAAGCCUAUGUCACCCUCAACGGAAAAGAAAUAGUGGAUGAUUUAGGACAAAAGAUCAUUCUGUACUUGAAUUUUGUGGAAAAAGCACAAUGGAAAGAGUUGGGGCUUCAGGCUUUACCUCCAGGCCUCAUGGUAGUAGAAGAAAUUAUUUCUUCUGAGGAUGAGAAAAUCCUUUUGGAAAGCGUUAACUGGACAGAGGAUAUAGACAAUCACAAUGGUCAAAAGUGCUUAAAGCACAGGAGAGUAAAGCAUUUUGGUUAUGAAUUCCACUAUGAGAACAACAAUGUAGAUAAAGACAAACCAUUACCUGGGGGUCUUCCUGACAUUUGGGAUAGCAUUCUGGAGAAGUGGUUGAAAGAAGGUUUCAUUAAACACAAACCCGACCAAUUGACUGUUAACCAGUAUGAACCUGGGCAUGGAAUUCCUGCUCAUAUUGACACACAUUCUGCUUUUGAAGAUGAGAUUGUUUCUCUCAGUUUGGGGUCAGAGAUUGUCAUGGACUUUAAGCACCCAGAUGGUGUCACAGUGCCGGUCAUGUUGCCUCGUCGGAGUUUGCUGGUGAUGACCGGAGAAUCUAGAUACCUCUGGACACAUGGAAUCACACCCAGAAAAUUUGAUACUGUUCAAGCAUCCAAGGGUCACAGAAGUGGGAUUAUCACCAGUGAUGUUGGAGACUUAACUUUAAGCAAGAGGGGAAUAAGGACAUCAUUUACAUUUAGGAAAGUGAGGCAAACACCUUGUAAUUGUAGUUACCCUUUGGUCUGUGACAGCCAGAUGAAGGAGACCCCCCCAUCAUUUCCAGAGAGUGCCAGAGAAGCCUCACAGCUGGAGCGAGAAUACGUCCAUCGAGUCUAUGAAGAGAUUGCUGAGCACUUCAGCAGCACGAGACACACCCCAUGGCCGCGCGUCGUGGACUUCUUGAAAGCUUUGCCAAGUGGUUCGUUAGUGGCCGACGUUGGCUGUGGAAACGGAAAGUAUCUUGGCAUCAAUAAGGAGUUAUAUAUGGUUGGUUGUGAUCGAAGCCAGAACCUCGUGGGCAUCUGUCGAGAGCGGCACUUGGAGGCGCUUGUCGGUGACGCCCUGGCCGUGCCCUUGCGCAGCGGCUCUUGGGACGCCUGCAUCUCUAUUGCUGUGACUCACCAUCUCUCGACGGCUGAGCGUAGAGUGGCGGCUCUCCAAGAACUUGUUCGACUCCUGAGACCUGGGGGGAUGGCACUCAUUUACGUCUGGGCGAUGGAACAGGAAUAUAAGAAGAAGAAAUCCAAGUACCUUAGAGAAAACAGACUUCGCCAAGGAAAGGAAGAGGAGAUCCACAGCGACGCAGCGGAGCCAGAGUCACUGGGGGAGCAGGUGCCUGACGCGGGCGACCAGGACGCCCCGUGUCGAGUCUCCGCUGCUACUGACGUCCGGGCGGGAGGGGGUAGUGCCAGCAAAGUCACUGAUGCCAAGCUGCCUGUUCACACUAACAGGACUUCUUUUCGUUCUCAAGACUUACUGGUUCCCUGGCACCGUAAGGGGAACCCUGGGAGAGACGAGCCUGUCGGUGCAACAGAAUCCCGUGCCCCAGGCCCCGUAUUUCAUCGUUACUACCACGUGUUCUGUGCAGGCGAGCUGGAGGAGGCCUGCCGGACCCUGAGUCACGUACGCGUGCUGCAGAGCUACUAUGAUCAGGGCAACUGGUGUGUGGUUCUUCAGAAGGUCUGACUGUCGCCGUGAGCAUAGAUGCAGGGAAGAGAGGCUCAGCUUGGUCCUUGAAAGGAGACUAAACUUACUGUCUUUUUCGUUAAAGAGAAAUCUCGUGGAAAAGUACCAAAGGGGCAUGCCUGAGAGAAAUUCGGGAGCAGAGAUUGGUUAGGACAAAUCCAGUCUACUACUAUGGCUGACCUCAUUUUAUCCAUAAAUGUAGGCUUCUCCUGAAUGGGGAGGAACAGGGCCAGUUUGUAGAAGUGAGUGAAGUAGUCUGUGAAGUAUUUGGGAUCCUGGGGCAGGAAUACAGCACGUGGAAGAUAAACUUCUGCUGUGCAUGUUACUAAUUGAGCUAAGUCACGUAGAAUCUUAAUGAUGUAAUCGUACAACAUUUUAAUAAAGAAAGUAUUCUUGGUCAGUAGA